AUGCAGACUGUACUGAGGCUGAUAUCAGACAACAUGCAGACUGUACUGAGGCUGAUAUCAGACAACAUGCAGACUGUACUGAGGCUGAUAUCAGACAACACUUUGCAGACUGUACUGAGGCUGAUAUCAGACAACAUGCAGACUGUACUGAUGUUGAUAUCAGACAACACUUUGCAGACUGUACUGAGGCUGAUAUCAGACAACAUGCAGACUGUACAGAGGCUGAUAUCAGACAACAUGCAGACUGUACUGAGGCUGAUAUCAGACAACAUGCAGACUGUACUGAGGUUGAUAUCAGACAACACUUUGCAGACUGUACUGAGGCUGAUAUCAGACAACAUGCAGACUGUACUGAGGCUGAUAUCAGACAACAUGCAGACUGUACUGAGGCUGAUAUCAGACAACAUGCAGACUGUACUGAGGCUGAUAUCAGACAACAUGCAGACUGUACUGAGGCUGAUAUCGGACAACAUGCAGACUGUACUGAGGCUGAUAUCAGACAACACUUUGCAGACUACUGUACUGAGGCUGAUAUCAGACAACACUUUGCAGACUGUACUGAGGCUGAUAUCAGACAACAUGCAGACUGUACUGAGGCUGAUAUCAGACAACACUUUGCAGACUGUACUGAGACUGAUAUCAGACAACACUUUGCAGACUGUACUGAGGCUGAUAUCAGACAACACUUUGCAGACUGUACUGAGGCUGAUAUCAGACAACAUGCAGACUGUACUGAGGCUGAUAUCAGACAACAUGCAGACUGUACUGAGGCUGAUAUCAGACAACACUUUGCAGACUGUACUGAGGCUGAUAUCAGACAACACUUUGCAGACUGUACUGAGGCUGAUAUCAGACAACACUUUGCAGACUGUACUGAGGCUGAUAUCAGACAACAUGCAGACUGUACUGAGGCUGAUAUCAGACAACAUGCAGACUGUACUGAGGCUGAUAUCAGACAACACUUUGCAGACUGUACUGAGGCUGAUAUCAGACAACAUGCAGACUGUACUGAGGCUGAUAUCAGACAACAUGCAGACUACUGUACUGAGGCUGAUAUCAGACAACACUUUGCAGAUUAUACUGAGGCUGAUAUCAGACAACACUUUGCAGACUGUACUGAGGCUGAUAUCAGACAACAUGCAGACUGUACUGAGGCUGAUAUCAGACAACACUUUGCAGACUGUACUGAGGCUGAUAUCAGACAACACUUUGCAGACUGUACUGAGGCUGAUAUCAGACAACACUUUGCAGACUGUACUGAGGCUGAUAUCAGACAACAUGCAGACUGUACUGAGGCUGAUAUCAGACAACACUUUGCAGACUGUACUGAGGCUGAUAUCAGACAACACUUUGCAGACUACUGUACUGAGGCUGAUAUCAGACAACACUUUGCAGACUGUCCUGAGGCUGAUAUCAGACAACAUGCAGACUGUACUGAGGCUGAUAUCAGACAACAUGCAGACUGUACUGAGGCUGAUAUCAGACAACACUUUGCAGACUGUACUGAGGCUGAUAUCAGACAACAUGCAGACUACUGUACUGAGGCUGAUAUCAGACAACACUUUGCAGAUUGUACUGAGGCUGAUAUCAGACAACACUUUCCAGACUGUACUGAGGCUGAUAUCAGACAACACUUUGCAGACUGUACUGAGGCUGAUAUCAGACAACACUUUGCAGACUGUACUGAGGCUGAUAUCAGACAACACUUUGCAGACUGUACUGAGGCUGAUAUCAGACAACACUUUGCAGACUGUACUGAGGCUGAUACAAGACAACACUUUGCAGACUGUACUGAGGCUGAUAUCAGACAACACUUUGCAGACUGUACUGAGGCUGAUAUCAGACAACAUGCAGACUGUACUGAGGCUGAUAUCAGACAACAUGCAGACUGUACUGAGGCUGAUAUCAGACAACACUUUGCAGACUGUACUGAGGCUGAUAUCAGACAACAUGCAGACUACUGUACUGAGGCUGAUAUCAGACAACACUUUGCAGAUUGUACUGAGGCUGAUAUCAGACAACACUUUCCAGACUGUACUGAGGCUGAUAUCAGACAACACUUUGCAGACUGUACUGACGCUGAUAUCAGACAACACUUUGCAGACUGUACUGAGGCUGAUAUCAGACAACACUUUGCAGACUGUACUGAGGCUGAUAUCAGACAACACUUUGCAGACUGUACUGAGGCUGAUAUCAGACAACACUUUGCAGACUGUACUGAGGCUGAUAUCAGACAACAUGCAGACUGUACUGAGGCUGAUAACAGACAACACUUUGCAGACUGUACUGAGGCUGAUAUCAGACAACACUUUGCAGACUGUACUGAGGCUGAUAUCAGACAACAUGCAGACUGUACUGAGGCUGAUAUCAGACAACACUUUGCAGACUGUACUGAGGCUGAUAACAGACAACACUUUGCAGACUGUACUGAGGCUGAUAUAA